GGUACCGGGCCGCACAGGAAAAAAAACAAAAACAUUUUUUUUUAUCAAUGAUCAAUUAAUUAAAGUCAAGACGCUCGUCCCAGUCACGUAACCUGUUUCCCCACUCGAGCCCGCAAAGCUACGGAGCAGAUACUUAAUGGUUAACAAAACACUAUGGGCCAAUGGAUUCUACAGAUAACUGUGCUGUUUCUCUUCAUCUGUCGCAACCAGGCAAAGAGGGACCCGACAUUAUACUGUUCUGCUUGCCGUGCAAUUGUGGAUGAAUUGAAUCACUCAAUCGACCAGGUGGACCCAAAGAAAACUAUUAAUAUUGGCAGCUUUAGACUCAAUCCAGAUGGAACCAUGAAAGACAAAAAGGUACCUCUGGCUCGUUCUGAGACUCACCUCAGUGAGCUCUUGGAUGGAGUUUGCAAUUCCAUGAGUGACUAUGCCCUCCACGUGGACCCUGAUACCCAGAAAAAACAAUACAUAAGGUUUGCACCUCGGAGCAGUGGGCCCACUGGGGACUUCCCUGACCUUAACAACUUCCAGUUCGACGGACCUGAAGCUCCCAAUGCCUUGAAGUUCGCAUGUGAAAUCAUUGUAGAGGAGCUAGAGGAUGAUAUCAUCGCUCUUUUCAGCCAGAACACAGAGGAUGCGCAAAAGGAGUUAUGCAACAUUGUUUCAGACUACUGUCACGACGCCAGUAAAAGAAAUGAUGAGUUAUAGUUUUUAUGUUUAAAAAAAA